CCGCUGAUUGUCGAGUUGAGCAGCCUGGAUGAUGGCACGUACAAGGUUCGAAACGAAGGGCUGUCGGAUUUUCUGCACAUAUCAGACGUCAUUUCCAUCAAUGACUACAACAAUACCGGUCAAGCCAUUUUCAAAGUAAAGGAUGCUUUUCUCAAAAACGACACUUUCGACUCCAUCAUUUCCCUCGGCGGCGCAGUUGGCACCGAUAUUGUGUCAGCUGCCGUGCAAGAUUUGCUCAAGCAAGAACCCGAUCGCCGUGUCACUGGUGCCUUUUUUGACAUUGGUGGCGCCGAAAUGAUGAAGUUGUUUGCCGUUCACAAUGAUACGCUGGCGAUUUCUCAACUGCCCUACCAACAGGCGGCUUUACCCGUAUUCUUAAUGUAUCUGCGAAUUAUUUCUGGACAUGACGUAUUUGCCAAUGAAACCAUCAGCACCGGACCGAACCUUGUUACCGCCGCCACCUUGGAUACCAUGAUGCAGAUGGAACGUACCACCCUAGUCCCACUAAACAUUCGCGACGCCUCGAUUGGUGCCGUUAUACCCAACACCUUUGGUGAUUCCUACGGCGCUUCCAUCAUGGCCGGCGUCAACGAUCUCGCCCAAAAAUUAAAGUGGACCGUCUAUAAUGUUAUUGAGCAAGGACCACUAGGCUUGUCGACACAGUUGCGAUACGAAUUGGAGAAAUAUAACAAGGAGGACGUGACAGGCAUUAUCCUUCAAUCGAGUGAUCCGACCGUGGUGGACACCGGUUUGGUUCAUCAUAACGAGACGCGGAUACCAUUAGUGGCGAUUGGGACAUUUAUGGAAGAAAGUUUUGGCACCACGUAUCCUAAUGUGUUUAAUCAUCGGGCCGACGCCGGAAGGCUGGCUAGGGAAGUGGCGCGGGCGGUGGUGCGAGAUAGGCAUCAAAGGCCUCUUUGUUUUUCUGAAGAAACGCCAUGGCGAGCCAGUUAUUUUUGCGAACUCUUCUACCGAGAAUACAGCCGUAUCCCGGGAGCCGCGAAUGUGUCGAUACAACAAGUGGUGCAUAAAAUCAAUAUUUCCACUAGCUCGGCCAUGGACACGGAGUUAGCUGUUAUUAUGAGCAAUAUGUACGAGCAAAAUUACUAUCCAGACGCAUUUAUCACGUUUUCCGAGUUUAUCUUCAACAUCAUCAAUUCGCGUAUGCUGAAAGGAUAUAUGGAAGAUACCACCACCAUGUAUACAUCUGCAGAUUUAUAUGAUCAAGGACAGGCCUAUCUUGAAGGACGGGUCAACGAUCUUUGGUACUUGAAUACGUAUUCCUUUGGGUUCUUGUCCUUGUUGAAUAUCUUGCUGUCGAAAACCUUCACGAUUACCCCUUGGGAUCUUUCAAAGAUCAGUGCGCCACAUAUUGACCAUUUAUGUCCUCAAGGCCAAUACUAUGUACAAAUGUCGCGAAGUUACUUUUGUCUGGAUGAUAACGGCAGCCCGCGACGAUCGUUUCAGUGCCUUUUGUGCCCUCCCAAUACUUACAAUCCGCAUCCAGAUCAAGACGUGUGCCGGCCUUGCGAGUUUGGCACAUUCUCGCAUUCGGGGGCUACCAUGUGUACUUCCUGUGAGGCCGUCGAAGCUCGUGAUGCACCUGAAUGUGCAUCCUACUUUCAAUCAAAAAAAGCCGAUGUCCGACGACUGUAUCUGUCCAUCUUUCUUCCCAUUGGUAUACUGCUAGGUUUAUUUAUCCUGUUCUUUAUCAUUCGGCGUUAUUUGAACCAUCGCCGACGUCGUCCGAACUUUAGCGAUGAUACAUGGUUGUUUUCCUACAACAGCCUGGUGCAAUCGCCUCACGAGCACUUUAAGCCUGUCCCAUCGUCGAGUUCCGAAUCGCCGUUACUUCUCGUGCCGGGAUCGCGACGAGGAUCCCUCGAUGGCAAUUCUCGCAAACCAUCCACGGUUUCCGUUGCUCAGCAUAAUCGCUCGGUGGACAAUAUCAAUUUCUUGGACGUUGAACCAACCCUGCUGGACGCUACCAAACUUUCUUUGGUUAGCAGCAAUAAUAACACCCAAGAACGACGUCCUGUGCUACAGCACAUGCGUGGAUUCCAUCGCAAUUUGCCUGUAUUUGUCAAACAAAUUGGAUUUAAACGGAUCCGCGUGGACGACGAGGUGCGAAAUGAAGUGAGCCUAAUAAAGUGCUGCCGGCAUCCCAAACUUGUCGAGUUGGUUGGUCUUUGCUUGGAAACUCACGGAACCUAUCUUGUGGAAGAAUACUGUGCCAAAGGAUCACUUGCGGAAGUACUUGGCAAUCCAGAUAUUGAUUUAACAUGGAUUUUCCGAUUUUCCUUGAUCAAUGAUUUGCUGGAAGGCAUGGAAUUUUUGCAACAUUCACGGUUCAUGUGUCACGGUAAUUUGACCUCACAAUCAUGCAUGAUCACCGGCAAGUGGGAGUUGAAAAUUACUGGAUAUGGUUUGAACCGGGUCCGACGAUCGCAGCUGGAUCCGAAUGUGGUGUCGGGGAUCCGCAAAAAUUAUCUUACCACCGAUAAACAAGGCAGCGAUCAGGCGCAGAUCAUCCAAAACAACAAUACCCUGUCGUGGCGUGCACCGGAAUCCGUCGUUUGCAGUUCAACGGGCGUCUACCUCUCCUUCCCUACCAAAGAAGCCGAUGUUUACAGUGUCGGUAUCGUUAUCAAUGAGAUUCUGACACGUAAACUUCCGUAUCAACAGGAAAUCGACGAAGGCGCGAGCGCAGAGGACGUGUUUAAUCGUGUUUGUGAUGAGGAUCUGAAACCGUUCAUGCAACCUCAGGGUCACGAUGAAUACUCUGAUAAGAUUAACGUCAUUAUUCGCGAUUGCUGGCAAUACGACCCCGUCCUGAGACCCACUUUUACAUCUUUGAGGAAUCGUAUGAAGGAUAUCGAUCCUUACCUCACUGGGUCAGACAGUGUAGUGGAUAAUUUGGCCAUUUUAUUGGAAAAAUAUGCGAAUGAUAUGGAGAAUUUAGUCCGAAAACGCACCGCUAAUCUGCAACAAAGAACAUUGGAAUUAGAAGAAGAAAGAGGGCGAACACAGACAUUGUUAAAAGAUCUAAAGGCGGCCAAGGAAGUCGCUGAAGCAGCCGCCAAUGCAAAGCAAAAUUUCCUCGCGAAUAUGUCCCACGGUAUGUAAAGAAGCCAAAAAAAAAGAAUAGCAUCGCAGAAUAGGAGCUCAUCCGUUUUACAGAAAUCCGUACGCCCAUGAAUGCUGUGAUUGGUAUGUCGCGCAU